AAUCCAACAAAAAGUGUAUCUAUACACUCCUUAUAUCAUUAUUAUUAUUACUAUUUUGUUAUAUUAAUAUAUAUAUAUAUAUGGCUUCUAGUAAAAGUUCAGGCGGCGGCGGCGGCGCGAAUUGGAGUUCAAAGGAGAACAAGGCGUUUGAAGAGGCAUUGGCGGUGUACGACCAAAGCACACCUGACCGGUGGUCAAACAUUGCCAAGGCGGUGGGCGGCGGAAAGACGGAGGAGGAAGUGAAAAGGCAUUACCAAAUCUUGGUUCGUGAUAUCAACUACAUUGAGUCCGGCCACAUACCCUUCCCCAACUAUCGAACCGCCGCCGCUUCUCCCCCCGCCUCCUCCCAUCGUCGUUCAUGAUCGGCCGGCGGCCUUCAAUUAAUUACGUAGUAAUUUAAAUAUGAAUAAUAAAUCAUGCAUGCAUCCCUCUGCCAUCGCGGCCAUGCAUCUUGGCUUAUAUAUUAUUCCAUUAAUUAAUUAGUUAAUUUUCGUCAGCUGUCAAGAUAAUGCAUGCUUUGAAUUCAUGAUUGCAUCCUCCAAUAGUUAUAAAGGAUCAGUGUGUAAGUACUAGCUUAAUUAGUACGUGCGUGAUUCUUUAAUUUUGAAUUUUUGGACCGGAGCUACUAUAAAUAUUAUACUACGUACUCCGUAAUAAUUAAUACGUAGUACUACGUAAGAAUUAUUAUUAUAAUAAUAAUAAUAGAGUUUUAAUAGUAAUAGUAAUCAUAGUAAUAAUGCAGGCAUCACCAUUAUGUAUAAUAGACUUAUUUUUAUGUUUCAAUAUAUAUUCAACGUCGUUUU